AUGCCCUCACGACUCGCUCUCGAUGCCGACUCCGAUGCCAAUAACCACCCACUCCGUGCCGUCUUCGGCCGCGCUUCCGACCAUCCUCCGGAUCGCUUCAACGCGCUGCGCUUCAGCGUCCGCCUAUGUCUCCCUGCGGGCAACGAGGACAACGAGUACGAGGACGGCCCCAACAACCCCGACACCAGCGACUCCGGCUCCGACGCCGACUUUGUCCUGCAACCCGUCGAGAUCUGCUUCCACUCCGAUUUCGCCCCCAGCCCCGACCGUCCCGUAUCGCUGCACCUUGACCGUCGCGACCGUGUCAUCCUCUAUCCGAUCCCUCCUGUGCUGCCGACGCCGCAACCACCGUGCUACAUUGUCGAGUGCGAUCCGAUCGACAUAGGCCCCUCCGCCUCCUCGAGUCUUCGGCCUGACGACGCGCGGCUGCCACCUUCCAAGCCAGCGACCCUCUUCUCCCGAAUAUUCCCCUACAUUAUCGCUUGCGCUGCCGCCGCCGCUAGCGUAGCCGUCUUUUACAUCCUCACACUGCCGUCGCCUUGGCCCACACGCCCUCCAUGUCCACCCAGAAGUACGGCAUGCCCUUCUGCCCCCGCCGCCACGGUAAACCAUGUCGCUGUCCCCAUGUCGUUCCUGGACGAGCUGCUCGCUCUCGCCGCGGCUUGGGCCUCCGUCCCGGAAACUCUCCUCUCCCUCGCUCGCCCCCGCGGACUGGCCUUCUAUAGCGCCACCAUCUCCGACGCCGACCUCGUCCGCCACUUUGGCAAGGUCGUCCCGCUUGACCAAGUAGUCGUCAUCGCCCGCUCCCUCGUCAGCGCUGUCCUCCGUGCCUCCCCCGGCGACCCCCUUGCCAGCCACUCGCGACCCGAGCGCGCUCUCAUCGCCAAUAUCAUCGACUCCGCUUCCGCCGCCACCUCCACCUGGGAGGUCGAUCUCGAGUUCCACGCUGGGUUCCGUUGGAUCCCCGCGAUCGCCGAUACGCUCGACUGGACGCGCGACCGCCUGCGCAGCACAGCUCACCGCAGAAGCAAGGCCAACACCAGCGACGGCGACGACGGCGAUGAUGCUGUCGCGUCCUUUUUCGCAUCCCCUGAGUCCUUCAACACGUCACGCCGACGGCUGUCCGCGGCCGCGGACGGCGUCCUGGCCAUCGCCGACAUGUCUGCCACCAUGACAGCCGUGCUCGAUACGUACAACGAGACCCUGUUGCAUCGCCUCGGCGGUCACCAAUGCUCCUUCUUCCGCGGCUGCCGUUUGGCGGACGGCACCGGCGGCCAACCUCACCCGCUCUGCGAGCUGCCCGACCUCCCGCCAUCUGGCGACGUCCAACCUCUCGUCAGCUUCCUCGAGCAAUGGCGCAGGCUGCAACUGAAGCAGGCCGACAACCACGCAGCAGCCGUCCCCACCUCGCCACCCGGUCCAGCGUCCCGCCAAGCCGACGUCCCGCUCCUGAUGGCUCUUGCGGCCCAAAUCACCGCCGUUGCCGCCGAGGUCGACGAGCUCCUCGACAUUGUACGCUCGCGCGGCCUCUGGGAUCCUCUCGCGCCCAACGUCGCGGCGGCAGAGUCCACUCAACCCGCGUUCUGGUCGUCGCCCAUGUACUUCUUCUCUCGCUCGCGCAAGGAGGCCGCCCCUGCGUCCGAUGUGCAGACCCUGGCAACCCGGCUGUCCACCGUGCGCAUGUCGUCCAUCCUCUCUCAAGAACUCGCCGUCGUCGAGGCCAUCGUGACGAGCCGAUCCCUCUGCGACCGCACGGAACGCCUCCGCGCCGAACUGCACGACCUCCGUCGGGGAAGGGGCAGCUGGAUCGGCGUCUCGUUCCAGGACGCGCCGGGGUUCGCCGUGGCGGACGGUCGUCUGCGGGUCCGCUCGUCGCACCGCGUGCUACUCCGCCACGGCUUGCUGCCCCCCCUGGGAGUGCAGGCCGACAUGGUUGACGGCCUCCGGAACCAGGUGCAUGCUUUGGCGCAGAACGUGUCCAACAGCCUGCGUCGCCUCAUCCGCGCCCAAGACCAAGACGCCGCGCGGAUCCCGCCGCCGCCGCCACCGGAUCAAGACGCACCGGACAACGGCGAUGUCGAGGAUGACGAGGAACUGCAGGGGUGGCUUGAGGCGCUGGAGGAGAAGCUCGGCAAUCCUGCUGCCUCCAUCCUCGCAGCCGCAGGCAUCUGA